CAGUUGGGCGGGAAAUAGUGUAUCGAAAUACAACAGUUUUUCAAUGCAAAUGGUGCGGAACAACGCAUAAACCGCGAGCUUGUCCAGCGUAUUUCAAAAACUGUCCUAAAUGCUCACAAAGGGGACAUUAUGCGAAAAUGUGCCCUGUUGCAACCAACCGAAAUGGACGUCAAGUGAAAAGUGUGGAAUGUGAAGAAGAAGAUGAAAAAGAAGAAGAGCUCCCAGUGGAAGAACUGUAUAUUGGAGCAGUGAAUGACGAUGAUGAUACAAGAGAAAAUGAUGUUUGGGUUGAAAAAGUGCUAAUAAAAGGAAAAAAAGUGAACUUAAAAUUAGAUAGUGGAGCAGCUUGCAAUGUUUUGCCGUUCGAUAUAUUCUUACAACUGGAUGAGCCUCUAGUGGAAUCCAAAACGAAGCGGCUCAUAUCAUUCAGUAACCAGAAGCUUACUGUGAAGGGAGAAGCAACGCUGCCGGUGAUAGUUCGGGGUCACGAAAAGAAAGCUGUGUUUAAAGUAGUUGAUGGUGAUGUGGUACCCAUACUCUGAAGAAAAACGUGUGUGCGUUUCAACUUAAUUGCAAAAAUUGAUCACGUUAGUAUGGAUGAUUCGCUGUUUAACGGUCUAGGAUGUGUUCGUGAUUUCGUGUACGAUAUCGACUUGGUGGAAAACCCGUCAUUCCACAGUAGCCUACCACGAAGGAUUCCACACUCACUACGAGAAGCGGUGAAAAAGGAAUUGGAUUGUAUGCAGGAAAUGGGUGUCAUAGAGCCAAUCAGCGAGCCAACUCCUGUAUUGAAUGCCAUGGUAAUUGUCAGACAAAAAGAUGAAUCGAGCGAACUGUUCUACGAACCAACAACGACACUCCUCAACGCAACCCACACCGAUAUCCCCCGCCGAGAAAUUGACACCCGUAAUGCUGACGUUCCAAUCAACGUCGAAGAUGCGAGAACGACCGGACAACGGACCAGAAGCGGGCGAGAGGUUCGAGCCAGAAGAGAUAGCGACUACGAGUACUAUUAGCAACGUAUUUGAAGGGGAGAUGUGACGAGAGUAACUCGUCUGUACUUCAAAUUAUCUGUGUCAUACUUCUACCUG